CUCUGGGGUUUCCAGUUUCCAAACCUGAUGUGAUCUCCUGGCUGGAACGAGGGGAGGAGCCAUGGGUCCCAGACCUCCAGGACCCUGAGGAAAGAGAGACCCUGAGAGAUGCCUGCACAGGUGAUGGGAUGGUGAAUGAGGUGGAAAAUCCUCAACAAGACGAUGCUGAGCAAGUAGAAGCACAUGGGACGUUCUCAGAAAGAUCCAAAGGGAAUGUUUCCUGGAGUUGUGCACAGGCAAAUGCUUGUGAGAGUCAGCACAGGCCAGAGAAAAAGUUCAGUAGAGACUCAGACCUUAUUCGACAUGAGAGAAUCAACACAGGAGGAACACCCUACAUCUGCCUGGAGUGUGGGAAAACCUUCAAACAUAACUCAAUCUUUAUCAUCCAUCAGAGAAUCCACACUGGAGAGAGACCAUACGCAUGCCCCGAGUGUGGGAAAAGCUUCAGUCGCAGCUCAAACCUUAUCAGACAUCACAAAAUCCACACAGGGGAGACAUCCUACACAUGCCAUGAGUGUGGAAAAAGAUUCAGUUGGCACUCAAACCUUAUCGCACAUCAAAGAAUUCACACGGGAGAGAAACCAUACAUAUGCCCUGAAUGUGGGAAAAGCUUUAAUCGGCGAUCAAACCUUAUCACACAUCACAGAAUCCACACAGGGGAGACACCCUAUAGCUGCCCUGUGUGUGGGAAAAGCUUCAUUUGGAGCUCAGACCUUAUUAGACAUAGGAGAAUCCACACAGGAGAAAGACCCUACUCUUGCUGUGAGUGUGGGAAAAGCUUCAUUCGGAGCUCAGACCUUAUCGGACAUAGGAGAAUCCACACAGGAGAAAGACCCUACUCUUGCUGUGAGUGUGGGAAAAGCUUCGUUCGGAGCUCAGAGCUUAAUAAGCACCAGAGAAUCCACACUGGAGAGAGACCCUUCAGAUGCCCUGAAUGUGGGAAAAGGUUCAUUCGAAACUCAGAGCUUAAUAAGCACCAGAGAAUCCACACUGGAGAGAGACCCUACAGAUGCCCUGAAUGUGGGAAAAGCUUCAUUCGAAAUGCAGAUGUUAAUAAACACCAGAGAAUUCACACUAGAGAGAGACCCUACAGAUGCCCUCAAUGCGGGAAAGGCUUCAGUUAUAGCUCACAGCUUGUCUCACAUCAGAGAAUCCACACAGGAGAGAAGCCCUAGUCGUGCCCUGUGUGUGGGAAAGGCUUCAGUUAUAGCUCACAGAUUAUCACACAUCAGAGAAGCCACACAGGAGAGUAACAUUAUACUUGUAUUCA